AUGGCGCCUCGUAGCGAAAACGGCGCCGCAAAGCCGGCGUGCGAAUCGGCAAGUCGGCUGGAUUUUUAUCUUCCACCGCCUGAUGACCGCGCGUACCGUCGCGGGAGGAUUCAACGCCUGCGUGACCAAAUCACAGCAUGGCGACGUCAGCCGCGACGAGGUGGCGCACAGGCGUACGCCAGGGCAGCGAGUGCAGGGACAGAGCAGAGGGGACUUGUAGUGGACAUACCGCUGUGGAAAGCAUCGACCGUUUCACCCACACGGCGGAAUGUUUCAAGGCAUGAGAAGGUGUUCAUGUUAUCGCAGGUGUCGCGUAGUCCGCCGAAUGCGAAACAUAUCUUUUCUUCUGCGAUGCAAGGGGGAGAUCUUCGAGAGAAGACACCAUUACGCUCGUCAAAUUACACCAAUAUGAAGAACAGUUUUAACCACAAGGCACAAACUACUGGCCGAGUGAUGGAGGUCCCGUACUUUCACGAUCAAACCAUCUUUUGUCUACCAAGAGACAGACGUGUCCCCAUGACUGCUGCUACUGUUGAUGCAGCUGCCGCCCUUUCUGAUGCCAUGGACGACGGUGAGGGCCAGCAGACGGAUUCAAAUGCGGGUUUCUGCUACGGCGUCACCUCAAACAGUGAGGAGAUGACACGCCAUAGCGAGCAUUUAAGACAUGAAAGGAAGGCAGACCGCGAUGGGACACCUCUUCCCGAAAAGACUACAUUCGGCAGCGACCGCUUCGAAGGGGCUCCCUCUGUAUUCUUUUCAUCUCUGCAGUCAAAAGGUGGGAGGGCGGCGUCGGUGCCGAAAUCAACAAAAAGUAAGGGUCUUACAAUUGACUCGACAUUUGCUGCAAUGACGCGAAGCGUAGAGUUGGCGACGGCGGUGCAUGCGGAGUGCACGCAUCGCCGAACGGCGAUGCAGCGUUCACGGAGCGACAGCUUUCGUCAACGCGUCCUUGAGCAGACGAUGGAGAUACCUGUUGACUGGAGGGAGUUUGAGCGUGUCUCACCGUGCGGUAACGCAUCGUGCCUCACCACGUCGCCUGAUGAACAAUGUAGUGCUGCUAGUAUGGGUCGCACCCAUUGCACCGCCAAUUUUGGUUCUUGUAGCGUUGGUCGAGGGCCAAUGCGAUUGUACAGCAUUCGUCUGAAGAAGCGCUUGUUGAACUCGGAGGGGUCGAUGGAGAAGGCGUCAAGCUUCCCUCGACUUGGUACCCGCGUGAUACUUUCCAAGCCGUGGGUUUAA